AUGUCGCUGACAUACGAUGCCAACUCGAAGCUGCUAGCAUUGGAGGAUGCCUCGUUUGACGAACUUAUGAACCUGUCACAGAUCAACAAGCUCACACAGAACCUGGUGGGUGAAUCGAACCCCAACUUUACACCUCAACCGCGUGAGACAUCGACCGUAAUGAUCAAGAAACUGUUCGAGACUGGUCUCCAGCAGACCAAGCAGCACAAGUUCCCCGAGGCUCUCAAGUCCAUAUCGCUUGCGCUCGAGAUGUCGCAGCGUAAGAGAGCUCCUUGGGAAGCCUUUGCUGUGCAACUUCAAGAGGUUCAAUUUAUGCUGAAAAACAGAGUAGAUCUGUGCCUCGUACAAGGCCGUUUCGUUGACGCGCUGCAAGACCUGGAGUUUUUACAAAACACGGGACUCACUACGUCUGACGUCUUCAUCCGCAAGACGGACGCGCUCAUCAAGCUCCAACAGUUUGAGCUUGCAAAGGUUGAGUGCGAAAGGGGGCUCAGUUUGGACCCGAGCAACGUGAAGCUGAAGGCAUUGCACAUGGAAAGUACUCGUAGAUUAGCGGAAUACAACGGUGAUCAGUAA